UUAGAUUUUUGUUAAAGUCAGUUAAUAUGUGCUUGGUAUAAGCGCGUGGUUGGUGUACCAUGGCAAUUCAUUUAUGCAAUUUGUGUGAUGUAGGAUUAUAAGUAAACAAUUAUGGAUUAACAGCAUCUGAAGUUAGAAGUACAGAAUAUAUGGACAAGAGUAACUCUUUGAGAGUGUGCACAAGUUAACAGCCAUGUCGGACUAUAAGUCUAGGCUUGCAGACAAGGGUUUUUGCAACUGGAUAAAAGCAAAUCUUGCUAUAUCUGUGACCAAAGCCGGCUUACAGGAUGUCGUCUGUAACAAGCUUCAACGUAUUCACCAGGAUGUGUUAAAUGAUAUCCGAACGGAAGAUCAGAUACCUAGUAACAUAUCUUGUUCUGACUGCCUCACACAAAACAUUAUCCGUUGUUCCAGAAAAUAUCCUUGCAACCAGUUGGCAAAGGUGUGCCCAUUUCAUCAACAAAUACAGUUUCGAGGAUGUCCGAACGGACUUUGUGAUAAGGUCAGAGACAAAAUAAUACACGCGCAUGAAUACAACAAACCGUCAUGGAAAAAUACACGGGCUGAAGCGUGGUGUAACUCAUACUGGGAAUAUGCUAAAUGCUUUAUGCCCCCUGACGGGUACUCCGAUAAGACGUCGUUCUUUGAAACAGACUUAAAUGGAAUCAUCAGUAUAGUGACAAAUGAGUCCGCUUUUGCCAGUCAGAUCGACGAUAAAGAUGUAUGUAAACAAGCACGGAGUGUUGUCAAUGACGUUAGGCAUAAUUCCGAUCUUUCAGUCGGGAACCAACAGCUGGAAGAUAUAAUCACCUCUCUGAAGCAGUUCCUGUCCUGUUCAGAAGAAUUUAAGAAUGAUUCACUGGCAUCUGAAGCUGUGCUGAAAUUAGAAAAGCUGAAGACUGAUCCACUUUUAAAUGUCACAGAAGCAGAUGUUCAACUGUUGAUACAGAAUCAGUAUCAUCAACUUGUAAAAGAUUUGAAGACGGACAUGAUAGAGUUUUAUAAAGAUCAACAUGGAACAACAUCGAUAUCACCGGUGUUAGAAGAUAUAGACAGCCCCCUUCUGGGCCUUUACGUACCGCCGAUAAUACACAGGGUUCUCUCUGGCAAUACGAACGAAAAUGAUGAUCGAAAAACAACUCCCGUGGCAACGUUUAAUGACAUAUUUUUUGGUCGUGAUGGACGCUAUCGCGAGAUUUAUUUAUGCUCUGACGCGGGACUUGGUAAGACUGUAUACGGAAAACGACUUGCAUUGAUGUGGUGCCAAGCAAACGAAGCGGAUCAAAAUGAAUGUAAUUUUACCCAGGAGGAAAUAGAUGUAAUGAAGAGUUUUGGUUUUGUGUUUUUCAUUUCAUUGAAAGAGUCGGAUCAGAUACAUGGCGACGUUGAUGACAUGAUUGAAAAACAGAUAAUUCAACAUCUGGCAAGAGCGUUGAGCUAUAGGACUGAAUUUGUAGAAAGGGUCUUAACGAAUGAGACAUGUUUGAUAAUCUUGGAUGGUUUAGAUGAAUGGUCACAUGCAACAGAACACAUUCCGUAUAGAAAAUCAAGGCAAACAUGCACGUUCUUCACGGCAACGCGAACUUGGAAAUUUACCAUCGCCAAAAUCAGACAAAGUAAAAUAGAUCAACAACUUGAAAUGAUAGGAAUCGACGCUACCGGUCAAAAGAAAUUGAAGUCUAAUGUUUGGAAGACAGUUAUGGGUAAUGACGCGGAUAAUGAGUCAGAAAGUCAAUGGAAGGAUUUUGAUGCGGAGGUAGCAGACAGGAAUAUAGAAGAAUUUGAAUCCAGUCCAAUGCUGUUACUGUACCUGAUAUGUCUCUGGUUCGACAAAAAGCCACUUGGUGACUCUCGUUGUGGCCUGUACAGCAACAUUGUGGAAAUGUUGUUGCAUAAGCUUGUGAAAGAGCAACAUAUGUCAAAAUUAGCAGAGGUAGCUAAGGACAUACCGAAAAGUUUCAAAAGCAACGACUAUUGCCGUAAAUAUUUCCCAUUUAUCGAAGAAUUAGCCCGUCUUGCUUUUAUAACACUCUUUAACCGACAAAUGGGAAACAAAUACGUAUUUACAGAUUCAGUUGCGAAAGAAAACAUGUCUGGGGUGUGCUUAGAAUUUUGGUCAAAAACCGGUAUCUUAACACAAAUCAAAGGACGACCUAGGCUCACAGAACGUGACACAAAGGUGUCAUUUAUUCAUAAAACCUUUCAUGAGUUUUUCGCAGCGCUGCACAUUGCACUUGGAGAACCAGAAGAUGUCAUAUGCAUUGUACAAGACGUAUGUGGAGACCUAAAUUCGAUACUGCUGUUUGCAAAUACUUUUGAGUUUCUCUGUGGACUUAGCCAAACUACUAGUACGAAGAUAUUAAACAGUUUGGUGGCACUCCUGGCAAGAGAUAAUCUCACACAAAACCUACGAAACAACACAUACUCUUUUCUUGACUACUGGGAAAUAUGCGAUUUAAAAAAGGACUUCCAGAAUAUGAUGGUUGCAUGUGUGAAUGAAUCUAAAGACAGUGGCCACACUCCUGAUUAUCUUUUAGAAGAUAUUUUCCUGAAUUCUGAUGAAGAAACAGAGAAACGUUAUGUGUCUGCUUUGUGUGCUUUGACUGAACACAAGAAUAUAAAAUGGAUCAAGUAUGGGCGAUCUCUUGCCCCUGAAAAAGUACAUGACUUGCUAAACAUUCUAAAUAUACCAUGCAUGAAGUCGCUACAGAAACUUGAACUCUGGGGUCAUCCAGGUGCGGAAGAUGUGGGGGUCAUUCUAGGGGCAUCCCUGAAUACAUUGACAUGCCUGCUUAUUCACGGCUGUGAAAUAAGAGAUGGUAAAGCAUAUGACAAACACAUUGAGUUGACAGAAGCAAGUGUUUAUAACCUGCAGAACUUUGUCAGUCUAGACUGCAUAGACCUAUACUGCAUCACGCUCAGACACGAACUUAUAGAAAAGCUAUUUGUGUGGUUGGAAAAGAAUAAAUCUUUCAGACAAAUUAAGAUUGCACGUGUGCAAUGCUCAGAUCACCACAGCAAUAACUGUCAGUAUAGCGAUUUUAUAUUUGAUAUCUCGGAACACAGGAACCUUAAGGUCGUUGGACUGGGGAAUAUGUGCGUUUCUAAGGUCAAGGUGAACUCGUUAUCGUUAGAAGAAUUCUGGGCGGAAUGCAAUGACACCAUUGUCACAUCUUUCUUGACCAGUUAUGUUCCCUCGGCCUCAAAGCUUCAUACAUUUGUCGUCGAGUUCAUUGAUUCGAUAGCAACUGUCGAACAUAUUUUGAACACGCUGCCAUAUUUGGACAAUCUAUGUCACCUCCAGUUGAAAGGGAUGGACAUUCAACAAAGAGAAUUAAAAUUAACAAGUCGGCACACUGUAAAACAUGUACGAUUGAUAGAAAUAAAGAUGGAAAGCCGAGCACUGCAAAAACUUAUUGAAGAAUUCGGGACAUAUAGUCAUUCCGUCUCUGUGGAAAUAGCCUCUUGUGUUGUUAGGCCAAACAGUGAUAAUGGAGGAGUCAGUUUUGAAAAACUGAGAGACAUGAUUCUUGUUUCUGAAACAAAAUUUACUGUAAUUGCAAACGCGAGGUGUUGCGGACAUGAUAAUGCUUUUGCAUUUAGAACAAUUUCCGCUGACAUGACCACCUCAUAAAUGAUAUCUGUGAAAUAUUAAAGUGGCGAUGAUUAAGCAUUGAUGUGUGACAGUUUGUGAUUCAUUAACAUAAAAUUUUCAUUGAAACCAUCUUAAUUGUUUUAACUUACUAUGAAGAGAAGAGCGUGAGAACUAUAUCCAGUCCAUGACUAAAUUACCUCAGAAAAUCGUUGAAACUGGAGAGGUUAUAACGAAAUGCGUUUGACUACCCUAGAUAUAGCACGUAUGGUAAACUUCCUUAUUACUCCGUGCUUUUAAAACUUGCGUUGACAGAAAGGUUUGGUAUGUCAACUUAAAUCCUGUUUAUGUUAGGAACCUGUAAACGAAGACAUUAUGUCAAAAAUUCUAGGUUUGUGUUCGCAUUGAAAAGCUGCUGGAAUACAAGUACUUAAUUUACACUAAAGGAAUACUCUCUCAAAAUUUCAUACAGUUUAUAUAAAGCUUAUACUUAAAAAGAGCUGUCACUAAUAGAGACAAAUGCCCCCGAAAUGUGCCCAAGAAUGCUAUAGUUGUCUGUGCAAAAUAUGCCGAAACUGUUUAGGUAUGAAUCAUUUUGUGACCAGACAAAAACAAUUUUCUCCAAAGGUAACCUUAACCUUGGAGCUAUGGGUCUGGGUCAUGCACAUGACACAUCAACUCAUUACCGGGAACAUUUGUGCCAAGUAAUUUUAAAAUCCUUUGAUAAAUGACAGAGUUAUUGACCGGACAAGAAACAGACCCUGUUAACCUUUGACUUCUUAGUGUGACAUUGACCUUGGAGCUAGGGGUCUGGGUCUUGCGCAUGACAAGUCAGGUCAAUAUAAGGAACAUUUUUGCCAAGUAAUUUUUAAAUCACUUCAUCGAUGGCAGAGUUACGGACUGGACAAGAAAAUGGCCACGAUAACCUUAAACCUUUAAGUAUGACCUUGACCUUAGAGCUAUGGGGUCUGCAUCUUGCGCACGACACGUCGUCCAUUAUGCCAAGUAAUUUCAAAAUUCUCUUGAUGAAUGGCAGAGUUAUGAACCGGACACGAAACAGACCCUGUUAACCUUUGACAAGUGUGACCUUUCAAGUGUGACUUUGACUUUGGAGCUAGGGGUCUUGGUCUUGCGCAUGAAAUGUCGUCCCAUUAUGGUGAACAUUUAUGCCAAGUAAUUUCAAAAUACCUAUAUGGAUGGCUGAGUUACAGCCCGGACAAGAAUUUACACAGACGGACGCACGGACGGACGGACGAACAGUGCACUUUUUAAUAUGUCCACCUUCGAGGCAUAACAAGUACUCAGUCUGACUAAAGUACAUCUCCUAUUACGUUUAGGAUCUGAAGACGUGCUAUUGAUAGCGACCCUUCCGCUAGCCAAUCAGAGCCUUACCACAUUCCAGUAAUGUUGUUUUAUUGUUUCGUUAUUUUAUUAGAAAAUAGUGUAGGAAUUUUUAGUUAUCAACUUAUUAAAUACUCUUAUAAAAUAGUAUAGUUCCAUACUUCUCAAUCAUUGAGAUUUUUUCCAUAACGGCGCUUUAAAAUACGUUACCACUGUUUUUUGUUGUAUUUAGAAAUUGAAGUUUGUCCGGACCAUAACUUUGACAUGCAUGAACCAAAUUAGUUUAUAUUUGGCAUGAAUUUUAACUCAUUUAGAAAGAGUGCCAUGCGCAGACUCCAUGUUCCUAUCUCAAAGGUCGUUGUCACAGUAGGAGGUCAAAGGUCAUAUUGAAGCUUGUCCGGAGCAUUUCUUCUUCAUGCAUGAUAGGAUUUUGAUGUAACUUGGCAUGAAUGUUCACCUUUACGAGUUGGAGUGUCUUGCGCAAAAACAAGGUCCCUAGGUCUAAGGUCAAGGUCACACUUAGAGGCCAAAGGCCGGAUACGAUAAUGACAUUGUAUGGAGCAUGUCUUCUUCAUGCAUAAGGGGAUUUUGAUGUAACUUGGAACAUAUGUUCAACACCAUGAGGCAACCUUGAUUUUAGAAUAUCUUUCCUUUGUUGUUACUAUAAAUAGCUUAUAUUGUAACUUUUUUAUUACUGGCCGUCUGGAAAAAUUUAGACCAUUUUUCUGUAGUACAACAUGCAUGUUACAUCCAAUUUUUAGGUGUAUUUUGACAUAUAUCUACCUGGUAAGGAGUUUUGUGUGGACUUAUAUUAUAUAGAUUUUUUUUUGUAAUUGGUCAAAAAAUUCCAUAUGCAAAUACAGGUGCUAGUGUAAAUCAGUUCUGACAAUGUUACUUAGCUAUACAGCUGGCGGGCUCGACAUUCUGCCCUUGGGCAUGCAGAAUGUAUUUCUAGUUUCUUUACUUCUGUCAAUCAAGGUAUCAUCUGAAACAUCAUUACACAUUCAUUGUUCCUUUUUCAUUUUGAAUUAAUGCAUCUGUCAGUUUAAUUAUACUUAUAACAAUUUCUUAUCUUUUAUUUGAUGCUUUCAAUAUUGUUCAAAAUAAUUACAUUUUACAUUGAUUAUGUAUUUUACGUAUAUAUUCUGUAUAUAUUAAUUAUGAACACAUCCCUACAAACAUCCAUACACUGAUACUAGGUUACAAUUUGGGGCUGCAUUUCAUGGAAAAUGUGUUUUUAAUCGAUAUUUAUCUUUGUUUUGUGUGACGACUGUGAAGUGUAUCUAUGCAGUCAUUUACAGAAGGUGUACUGGCUAGUGUGUAAUGGACUUUUCAUGUUCUCAUUCGUGGAUCACGGAAUCGUAGACCGAUUCAUCAGAGACGUUGAUCGUAAAAAACAUUACAGACCGAUGCCACCAUUUCGGUUCAACGAAACGCCUAGACGAAAUGCAACAUGUUUCAGGGACAUUUAGCAGCAAUUGACACGCGUAACUGAACUGAUGUUGAUAUAAAGUAAAAUUGAAUCAAACUUGAACA